AUGUCAACACAAACAAGUUUGGUUUUUAUUUCACAACAAGUAACUAAAUACUUGUUUACUCCUAUUCUGAUAUUCGGCGUACUUGGAGGAUGUUUCAAUCUUCUAAUUUUCCUUAGUUUACGAACAUUUCGAGAAAAUUCUUGUGCAUUUUAUUUAACUAUUGGAUCAUUAGCUAAUAUUGGUGGUUUAUUGAGUGGUUUACUUUGGCGUCUUAUGAAUUUUGGUUACAAUAUUGAUUGGACAUCGACUUCGAUAUUUUAUUGCAAAUUUCGAGUAUUCUGUCUUCAAGAAUCCACACUUCUAUCUUUUACGUGUAUUUGUCUAGCAGCCAUCGAUCAAUUUCUAGCAACAAGUACUCGUCUACGUUGGCAACGGUGGUGUAAUACUAAAGUAGCACAUCGUCUUGUUUUAUUUUUCUCUUGUCUAUGGAUGUUACAUGGAAUAAGUAUAUUUCCAUUCUAUAAUCAUGUACUUUCUGCUGCAACGAAUCAAACCGUUUGCAUUGUUACAAAUAGUAUUCUAACAGAUUACAUUAACUUUGGUUAUAUAAUUACUCUUCAAGGUAUUCUACCUUACUGCGUAACGCUGUUAUUUGGAUACUUAGCAUAUCGUAAUGUACAACAAAUAUCCUAUCGAACAAUACCAUUAGUUCGACGUGAAUUAGACAAACAAUUGACUAACAUUGUACUCCUACAAAUUGUUUAUAAUUUUCUCUUUACAACACCAUAUAUUAUUAUAAUACUACUGCAACGUGACAGUUCGAUCAACAGCAGUUCUGAAAUCGCUGCCCGAUUACAGUUCGCUAAUGUAUUGGCUCUUAGUUUGUAUUUCCUAGCAUUUACUUGUCCUUUCUAUGUUUACAUUUGUAUAUCUGAACGAUUUCGUCGUCAAUUCAUUUACGUCGUAUCGAAAAUAUUUUAUAUCAAAGAUCGACAACGGAAUAUGACUAUUCAACCAAUAGGCUAA